AUGGCCUCUACGAUGGACGCGAUGUUCGGCCGCGGGCUGGCGGCCGGACAGGACGGCGCGCAGGCAUCCCUGGUGAGCGCGCCAGAGGCGGAGCGAAUGGUCGAGGCGCUGCGCGAAUUCGGCGUCGAGGACGUCGGGAACGCAGCGUGGAUGCAGCAGCACCAGCACGUCGAGAAGCUGAACCUCCAGGCGCACUUCAACGCGCAGGCGCACUCGGACGAGUUCGUUGUGGAGGCCUUCUGCUCGUUCGACAAGAUCAACGUGCUCGUCAAGGACCUGCUCGUGACCGAGGUGUGGAAGGAGAAGGUCAUGCCGCACCUCAGGAAGCACCUCGCGGAGAAGGUGGACAGCGUCACCUCCUACACGCUGUUGUACCACGAGGCCGCCGCGGCGAACCUCCUCGAGGUCCUCCUGUUCCACAGCCACGCCGUGAGCGCCCUCGACGAGGACCACCUCGUCGAACUCGUCGACUGGUGCUACCGCAAGAUCAUUUACCUAAACAACCAAGGACAACAGGACAAGGAGUACGUGGCGCGGACGGCGCAGGAGCUCCUCGCGAUGACGCCGCUCGACGAGCUCGAGUCCCGGGACCGCGAGAUCCGCCACGGCACGGCCAUCUGCGCGCUCACGAUCCUACGGUACCUGACCGACCGCCCCCCGGACCUGCCCGUGGGCAUCGUCGCGCGCAUGCUCUCCACGAACGACGUCCUCAUGGCGCUCCUCCCGCUCCUCGACUCCCCGCCGUGGGAGCGCCGCGCCACGCGCCCGCCGCCGCCCGCGCCGCAGCCCGCCAAUGCGGGCGCCGCCGGCAAGCCCGCGCGGCCGCGCACGGUCACGGAGCGCUACAACGGCAACGCGUGGGUCGAGGUCGAGCCCCGCGACCGCCUGCGCGUGUCGCAGUGCGACGCCCAGGUGUGGCUCGCGCUCAACAACCUGGUCGUCGACCCAAGGUUCCGGUCGCGGUACGAGUGGGACGACUUCCGGCGGGAGCGGCUGCAGAAGGUGCGGCGGUACCUGAACGAGGUGAUGUUCGACCAGCUGCCGGUCCUGAAGGACCUGCAGCGCGUGCUCGAGGAGGUGGCGAUGGGGGUGAGUCAGGGGGGGGGCGCGGCGGCGGUGGCCGGGCAGGGCGGGUCGACGGGCGCGCGCGGGCUGAUCCUGGAGCAGGUGCCGGCGAUCCGGGAGGCGCUGCUGGCCGGGACGGACUGGGCGGAGGUGGCGAGGCGCGUGCGGAGGGGGCACCUGAAGGGGGGUGCAGCGGCGGGGGCGGGGGCGUAUAGCAAGGAGCACGUGGAGGAGAUGAUGCGCGCGCUGCAGUUCAUGGUGGAUAUGGAUCCGAAGGGCGGGGAGGGGACGGGGGCCUCGGGGGCGGCGGACGAGGAGCGGACGGUGUUUUUUGAGAGCAAGUGGCGGCCGCCGGAGGGGGGGGAGUGGCGGAUGCACGACCACUUCAAGUGCGAGAUCGACGGAGAGAAAAAGCCCGAGGACGUGGAGCUGGAGGGCGUGGGCGGGCACCGCGUUCGCGGGCGGCGGUACGCGCUGCGGAGGUUCACGGCCGACUGUUUGGCGAUGCCGGCGUCCGGGAAGGUGCUGGCGACGCUGCGCGGGCGGCGCUGCGAGGCGUUGCUCGACCUGCCGGCGCCGCACACGAAGGAGGCCGCGAACGAGGCUGCGAAGGUGCUGUGGCUGACGGUGGGGAUUCUGGCCCAGGACGGGUUCGUGUUGCAACUCAAGCUGCGCAAGGGCGCGGCGGCGACGGAGAAGGACCGGCACGCGGGCGUGUACCACAUCUACUACCCCGUGGGCGGCGCGGUGACGAUCAGCCAGGAGAUGGAGGAGGGCGGGGCGAAGUGA